GAAAGGACAGACCCUCAUCAGUGAAAGGAAAAUUCUCACGUUCACCUUUUCAAACUCUUCUCGUUCUGUUUUGGGUUUUUUGUUUGUUUUUUGGGGAUUUUUUUCCUUUAACCGGAGGCUAACCUCAGCCUGCAUGUGACUGUUGCAGUAGAGUUAUUCCAAAACCAAGGAGAAACAGUAUUAAUAUCAGUUGAUAAAAGAAAUUAAUUAAAAAAAAAAAUCUAAUCCAUCACUUUUCCUGUUCACACUCCUCUGUGUCUUCCCAUUAACUUUUGCCAGUGUUAAAUUGUAUUUAAAAGAAUUUUAAAAAAUGCUAAUUAAACAGGAAUGCUUUAAGCUUUAAAAUUUAAAAAUCUAAAUUCCUUUGCUUUCAUUUGGCUGCAGAAUAACAUUUUUUAUUGUUCUUUUGUUUAAGUAUAUCAUGUUCUUUGCUAGAAACAAGAAAUGGUGCGAAACAAGGCAGGACCAGUCUGAACUGCAUCUAGACUCGGUCACUGUAUUGGUGGUACAUCAUCUUAUUUACAUCUUGUUUGGGAUACUACGGAGACUGAAAAUUAUACCUGUUUAAAAAAAAAAAAGCUGGAUUGAUCCUGUUCUGUAAAAGUGAUAUUGUUCAUUGGUUGUAUAUGUUUGUCCCAUAAAUAAGAAUUUAGAAUGAGCAGUAGGGGACUAGUACCACUAGUACCUCCUAAUGUGGAAGACAGCCUUUUCAGAGUACAGUGGUACAGAACUGGUGAUAGUGUGGCAGCCUGCUAUCUUGCAGCACAGUAAGCGAUCACUUGAUGGACAUGAACCAUCCUUGUCACCAUCACUUCUUCAAGCAGGAUGCCUUAGAAUGGAGUGCUCUGACCAAGCAUGCUCACAGUGACCAUCUCUUAGUUGAGCACAGUGUAUCAUCUCAUCCUAAAAUGCUUUUCUGGCAUACCCAGCAUGAGCCCUAUCACCAUCACCAGUUUCCCACGAGUAACAACAGCUAUCUGCGUGAUGUUUUGGCGCUGCCCAUUUUCAAACAGGAAGAUUCCAACCUUCCACCAGAAAAUGAGACCAAACACCCACCGUUUCAGUAUGUUAUGUGUGCUGCAACCUCUCCAGCAGUCAAAUUACAUGAUGAAACUCUUACCUACUUGAACCAAGGUCAGUCCUAUGAAAUACGGAUGCUAGAUAAUCGGAAAGCUGGAGACAUGCCAGAGAUCACUGGAAAGCUGGUGAAGAGUAUUAUAAGAGUCGUGUUCCAUGACAGGCGGUUGCAGUAUACAGAACACCAGCAGUUAGAGGGCUGGAAGUGGAAUCGCCCUGGGGACCGACUUCUUGACUUAGAUAUUCCAAUGUCAAUUGGAGUAAUUGAUAUAAAGACAAAUCCAAGCCAGCUCAAUGCAGUUGAAUUUCUGUGGGAUCCUGCAAAACGUACAUCUGCUUUUAUUCAGGUACAUUGCAUCAGCACUGAAUUUACCCCACGUAAACAUGGAGGUGAGAAAGGAGUUCCUUUUCGGAUACAAGUUGACACUUUUAAACAAACUGAAAAUGGAGAAUACACAGAUCAUCUGCAUUCAGCCAGCUGUCAAAUCAAAGUUUUUAAGCCAAAAGGAGCAGACAGGAAACAGAAAACGGACAGAGAAAAGAUGGAGAAGCGAACUGCACAUGAAAAAGAAAAGUAUCAACCUUCAUAUGACACCACAAUCCUCACAGAGUGCUCACCAUGGCCUGAUACUCCUACGGCAUUUGUAAACAACACCUCUACCCCAGCUCCAACUUUUACCUCUGCUCAACAUAGUAGUACCUAUAGUGUCCCAGACAGCAAUUCUUCCUCUCCUAAUCAUCAAGGAGAUGGAUCCUCUCAAGGGACUGGAGAUCAACUUCUUCCUUCAGCCACAAUCCAGGAAACUCAACAAUGGUUGCUCAAGCAUAGGUUCUCUACCUAUACAAGGCUUUUUUCAAAUUUCUCAGGUGCUGAUUUAUUAAAGCUGACAAGAGAGGAUCUGGUACAAAUCUGUGGUCCGGCCGAUGGAAUUCGGCUAUAUAAUGCACUGAAAUCCAGGUCUGUUAGGCCCCGUUUAACAAUCUAUGUCUGCCAGGAGCCAGCAAGGAGCAUACAACUGGAAAGGCAGCAAGAUGCAGGCAGUAGCGAUAACAGCAACGGUGCAAUAUAUGUUUAUCAUGCGAUCUACUUAGAAGAAAUGGCAGCCUCAGAAGUCACUCGCAAGCUUGCUUUGGUGUUUAAUAUUCCUUUGCAUCAGAUCAAUCAGGUUUACAGACAGGGUCCCACUGGUAUCCACAUCCUUGUUAGUGAUCAGAUGGUUCAAAACUUUCAAGAUGAGAGUUGUUUCUUAGUCACCAUAAUAAAAGCUGAAAAUGGUGAAGGUUUCCACAUCAUUUUGAAGUGAGGGCAAACAUUUGCUGGACUGCUAUUCCACUGCAGAGUGAAGUCACAUUUAAUGACUAUGAAGAUCAUCCAAAAACUCUUAGGAUCUAACUUCACCAUAUAAAAUGUUUCAUAUUGAAAACACAAGAUGACCUUUCUAAUGAGCUGUUUGAUAGGUAAACUUUCUUAUCACUGCCAUAGCUAAGUGUCCUCAUAAGAGGUAUAAUGCCAUGACAGCUUAUGUACAGGCAUGGAAGACAAUGUAAGCAAAGGUGGUUGCCCUUCAGUGAAAUAAGGCAAAUUAUGGCCAGUAGAUACAGUUUGUAGAAGCACUACUGCCUUCCUAUUGCACUGUAUCCAGUUCGGAGAUGAAUGUAAACUUAUUUGGGGGCAUUUACCUUUCUGUGCCAGUUUGUCUAUUACUUGCUUGUACCUUAUGCUGAAUUUUAUUUUUUGAUGUUAGCAGAGCACAUACUGAUCUGUGUUGAGAUGAGUAGUUAAAAGCUGAUAGUGAUCAGGUUGUCGGGUCUUUGAGAGUAAAGCUGUCAAAACGGCUUCCCCGUGUAAAUUGUGUAUAAGAGUGUACGUAAGAAGUGUAAAUGCCAGAAAAGGAUUUUUAAGAAGUCCUAGCCAGAUGCAAUAUAUGCAUGCAGCCAACUGCAUUGUCAACAGUACCUUAUUGGAAGGAGUAGUAUAAAUCCUGUGGGGUACAAAGUAAUUUUGUGUUUUGCUUUAACAAAUUUAAUGGAAAAUUUUGCCUAUGCAUCCUUUAUUUAGUUUCUAGUUUCUCUAUGGAACAGUGCUGCAGUUGAACCCUUUAACCUUCUGCUUGUGAAAUGGUGGGUUUAAAAAUACUGGCAGUGAGAGUUAGAUUUUCCUGACUUGAUGGAAAUAUUGCUGACGAGGGAAGAUUGACCCACUGGCGCCAAGGGGCUACAUCAUAGCUUUAAGCAGCAUCCAUUAAAUUGCUUAAACACUAAAUAUACAACACUUAAGUCUCUCUAGCAGGUAAAUGCUUGCUAUUGUCUCUGUUUAUGGGCAAGUAUCUUAACUGUUUCUAUAGCCUCAGAUCCAUACCACAAAAAUUUCACAGUGCCUCUUUCACAUGACCAAACAUACAACUUACCUUUGAAAUAAGGUAAUGUGCUUUUUCAAAGCUGGGUUUUUUCUGGAAAUUGUCGAACAUGGCACUGCAGUUCACAGAUUGAACAUUAUAGUUGCACAGUAAUAGGUACUUCAGGGGACACUUGUCGAAGGCACAAGUGGCAGUGAGAUCUCUUAACCGUCCUUUGUGCCUUUGAACCACCCAUCCCAUCAAAAUCUGGGAAGAAUGCUUUAAUUUUUGGAUGCUAUAGUGUUAAGUGAGAAAUUUGUAGAGAGCAAAAGGGCAUUAAUUCCCUCUUAACUGGGUUAAGUGCUUAACAAAAAGGCCUCUACAGUGGUAGCAAAUCUGAACAUUUGAAUCCAUGAAAACUAGAGUUUUUUUCUUUCCUGUUUGACUUAACGUUUUCUGCACCGAUAAAGUAAAAUGUCAUGAUUUUACAUUUCUUCUGCCUAUUAACUUCUCAUCUUCAGGUAUUGUUUGGGUCUUAGUAUCUUAUUGAAUUGACGAUUGUUGUUCAGUUCUUUCAGCUCAGCACCAUCUUCAAAUCCAAAUGUUUUAUAAAAGUGGAAAAAUCCUUGAUUGGAAAGUAUCCAAUAAUUAUCUAAUUUUAAAGGGUAUUGAGAAUUGUACAGUAGUUUGUCCAGCUCACUUGAAAUUGGAAUUAAAUUAUGGCACCAGCAAAUUGCUUUUGUUUUUUAAUAAGAUGUACACAUUUCAAUUUAAGUAUAAAUAAAUGUUUUUCAAUAA